GUUUCCUUGCGUCACGAUGAUGCGUUCACUUUGGAUUUUUCAAAUCCUGCUACUGGUAGUCCUAGCAAAUCAGUCGGAAUCAAGCAAGACACACUUUCAUCGCUAUAUGAUGGGCGAAUAUAAAGCGCAGCACAAUCCAAAAACACAGAUGGACUACAAACGAACUCGUACUGCAAAAACUGAUGCUGAGGCGGUACCAGGUGAAAUAAAUGGUACUGUGCAUUAUGGCACCUCCAAGGAGCCCGUGGUGAGGUUGACUAAGUCAGGAAAGAAAGUACUGCUCCAUGAGCUAAUGGUUCGCAUCUAUCAACAUAACAAGUACAUUUGCAUGGGAACUGUGAUUUCCGAAAAGCUGGUGAUCACCGCAUCCACCUGUUUCGAUGAUGGAAGCCCUGAUAUAGUGUCGAUGAAGAUGUUCGACGAUGAAAUCCUCGACGGGUUUAAGUAUCCCCUGAACAAGACUUUCCUGAAGGGCGCCGAUUCUAUGCUAGUCGCCAUUAAACUACCGAACUCCCCCCACAAAUCCAGUGUAAUGGGCGACACAGUGAAGCUCUGCGACAUAGAACUGCCAAACUACAGUCCCGUUGAAUUGCCUCUUUGGAUUCGAAGUCGCCACAGCAUUCACUCGCAGAUAACUUACACAGAGCCCAUCCAGGAGUGCCGGCAUCGUCUGAAGGAUCCGAGAGGAGUUGUGGCCACCAGUACAAUGAUCUGUGUGAAGAAUAUGAAGUAUACUGCCCUAUGCCAGCACGCCGUUGGGAAUCCUGAUUCAUCACGAAGAAUAUGUGGCAUCAACGUGGCGGGCCAUAAUUGUCCCGCCUUCACUGGAGUCGAUUUAUAUCUUAGGGUCUACGAUGCUCUCGACUUCUCUAUAAGAGGCAUGGAAAUUAUUAAAAACAGCCAUAUAGAAGACACAAUAUUGUAAUUGUGAAAUAAAUAAAACACUUUUAAGUUGAUUUUUAAAAGCUUUA